AUGCUCCAGGCAUUCGCAUAUUUAUUGGCCAGCGUGACCUUCUUUGAGCUAAUUUCCCUGGGCUGUCGCACUGUCAAACAAAAACUACAGUUAUCAACGAUAGAAAAUGGCAUCUCUGAUCCUGUUGUGAAAGAAGACAAGCAACUUAUAUUUUCAGUACCUGAAAUAAUUGCCUCUCCUGUACUUGGUUCACAAGGCUGGAUUUAUGUUAUUACAACCAAAGGAAAUAAAGCAGCAGGCAGACUUGAUAUUCACCUACAGAAAUUUGGAUUAAUUGAACAAGGACCAAUCCAUCUUUCAAAUUCUAUAUACGAAGCAUGUCUUCGGUAUACUCUUGUUGCUCACAUAGCUCCUCUCUGGAAUCAAGUUGACACUUAUUUAGUACAAGGAAGAGAUUUUCUGCUGAGCACUUGUCCUUUGAAUGCUGUAAAAUUAGAAGUUGCAGUUAAAGAUGAAGAGGUUCUCCUUGUAAUUUGGCCAUUAAGGAUGAAGUUACCUUAUUUGAAACUAGAGGAAAUGGAAAUAAUACCAUCAAUCUGUCAGGACUUUUUUUCCCAUAAAAUUUCAGUAAUAUCUGAAAUGUCUAUAAUACCACAGUGGGUUCAUGUUUUGCCAAGUAUGAAGAAAGGAAAAGUUGUCUCUGUAUCACACCACUUACCUGAAAGUUCUCCAUUCAAAACUUACAAAGAAUUGAGAAGACAUUGGAAAAAUUUGUACGGUUACCGGUUGCCAGAAAGUGAUGAAAAUUUGAUUUAUUACAACGUCUUCUUUUUGCCUUUGGCACCAAAUCAGUACUCAUAUCCAAAUAUCUGCAUCUGCCAUAUGAAUGCUAUGGUGUUGAAACAAGUAAAUUUUGAGGCUGUAUUAAAAGAAUUCCUCAGAGAUGUGAACAAGAAAAUGCCUUCUGUGUGUGGUCAGUCAUUCAUUCUUAGUUGCCGUCUGGGAUAUGCUAUACCAAAACCUAUGGCAUUAAAUCAGAAUUUGGUUUUACCAAAUCUGUCUUCCUCUUCACGGGUCCAUCACAAAGAUCUCCAACCCAUUAGCCCCGCUUUCCUUAAAAUGACACCAGUAUGCAGUUUAGAGCCAGAAUGUACCAAAAUGAACUCAUCAGAGAGUAAAAGAAAAAUACAGUUGCCCCAAGCAAAAGGCUCACCAAGUGGAAGUAGAUGUGUAAGCCUUAUGAGUUCUUCAGAACAUGCACCGACACCUGCUGGUGUGUGUCCUGUUUUACAGUGUGACCUAAGUAACCCAACAGUUGCUGACAGUGCACCUGAUUUUCAAAUACAAGCUGCAGUCAAUGAGAAGUGUGCUGAAAUUGGCAAAACCAAUCAGAUUAAGUAUGUUCCUAUAUUCAAGAAGCGUGUUUGUGUACCCUACAGAAGAACUCUGGAAGGACAACAUGAAUCAGCAAAGAAUGAUAUUAAUAACAGCUCUAGUAAAUAUGCAGAAAAAUGUGAUCAGCUAACAGGACAAAGCACUACAGAGAAACAUUCUACUUCUCUGUCACAGUUACUGAUGCAAACCCAUGAGUCUUCGGCUCCUGCUACACUUCAAGUUCCUGUUCCGAGUGGUCAACUCCAAGUAAAAUUCAUUGCACAUACAUUACAGAAUCCACUGCUAAAUAGUGUCCCAAGUUUAAAGAGAAGUGUUCAAACGUCAUCACCUUCAUCAGCGGUUCCAACAAGUAAGAAGCCUCGUCCACGCCCCCAAGUGCAGAAUGAUGUGGAUGUUGAGAUAUUGGCACGCAACAAUGACUUAGUGAAAGUCAACACUGUGACAUUAGUCAGCUGGCUUCGACAGAAAAAUGUACCCUGCAAAGUAAAAGACAAGAAAGGGGACCUAGUAGAAAAAGUGAUGAAUUAUCUUAACAGUCAGAAAAAUGAUAGUCAUUAAUGCUUUGCACAGUAACAAUUCUGAUGAAG